UAAAUUUAGUCUGUCUAAAUAAACAAGGAUUUAUUUCUUUUCAUCAACAAUGAAAUUUAUCAAAUAAAAAAAUUAAUUAUUAACAAAAUAAAAAACAGUAUUUAAUAUUAUAUUGUUCAAAAAUAAAUCCAGAUUUAUUUAUUAUUUAUUUAUUUUUUUAAUUUUUGUUUGGUCAAUUAAGAACUGGCGACUGAUAGCGUUGUGUUGAUAACGAAAGAAUACAUAACGUUCUCUCUUACUAAGAGUAUAUCAUCAUUAACAAUUGUAAGAAGCACUCAUAACGUUCUGAAGACUCUCAGCAAUAACAGUCAUUAUUUACAAUUUAAAAUCAUCAAAAAAAAACAUAGUAAGAAAACAAUUUUUCGAAACUUUAUAAAGCAAAAAGAAAAAAAAUUUUAUAAAUCUAUUUAAAAUGGAUUAUUUAUUCAAACCAUCAGAUACACAGGCAUUUCGUGAAAGGACAAAACGUGAUGCUGAAAAUGAACUUGUACGUGAACUUGGAAAUCUUGAAUCAACAGCAACACCAGAAUCACGUGAACGUGUUAAAUCAGAAUUUGCUGAUUUUACUAAAUUAUUUCAAAAAUUUUUACAAGAUCAAGGACCAUCUGUUGCUUGGGAACAAAUACAAAAACUUCCACCAGAUUCUAUUAGAGAUUAUGAUUCAUUACAAGAACCAAGUCAUGAAGAAAUACGUAUGAUGUUGAAUAAAUUAAUUGUUGUUAAAUUAAAUGGUGGUCUUGGUACAAGUAUGGGUUGUCAUGGACCAAAAUCAUCAAUUGUUAUACGUAAUGAUUUAACAUUUUUAGAUUUAACUGUUCAACAAAUUGAGUCAUUAAACAAGACUUUUAAUGUCAGUGUUCCACUUGUGUUGAUGAAUUCAUUUAACACAGAUGCUGAUACUGAAAGAAUAAUACGUAAAUAUCGUGGUCUUGAUGUUAAUAUUAAAACAUUUAAUCAAAGUUGUCAUCCACGUAUAUGUAGAGAAUCAUUAUUACCAAUUGCUAAAAAUUGUGAUAUUGAUGAAGAUAUUGAUUCAUGGUAUCCACCAGGACACGGUGAUUUUUAUGAAAGUUUUCAACGUAGUGGUUUACUUGAUGAAUUUAUAAAUGAAGGAAGAGAAUAUUGUUUUAUAUCAAAUAUUGAUAACCUUGGGGCAACUGUUGAUAAUAAAAUACUUAGAAUGGUACUUGAACCAAGUGGUAGAUCACAUGAAUUUGUUAUGGAAGUUACUGACAAAACAAGAGCAGAUGUUAAAGGUGGUACACUGAUACAAUAUGAAAAUAAAUUACGUUUAUUAGAAAUUGCACAAGUACCAAAAGAACAUGUUGAUGAAUUUAAAUCAAUAAAAACAUUUAAAUUUUUUAAUACAAAUAAUUUAUGGGCAAAAUUAAGUGCAAUUAAAAGAAUAUUAACUGAGGGUUCAUUAAAUAUGGAAAUAAUUGUUAAUCCAAAAGUAUUGGAAAAUGGUAUGAAUAUAAUACAACUUGAAACAGCUGUUGGUGCUGCUAUGAAAUCAUUUGAAGGAAGUGUUGGUAUACAUGUACCACGUAGUAGAUUUUUACCAGUUAAAAAAACAUCUGAUUUAAUGCUUGUUAAAAGUAAUUUAUAUGUACUUAAAAAUGGAUCAUUAGUUAUGAGUCCAAAACGUAUGUUUCCAAUAACACCACUUAUUAAACUUGGUGAUAAAGAUUUUUCAAAGGUUGAAGAAUUUGAAAGAAGAUUUAUCAAUAUUCCGGAUCUUUUGGAGCUUGAUCAUUUAACAGUAUCUGGUGAUGUUACAUUCGGUCGUGAUGUAUCAUUACGUGGUACUGUUAUUAUCAUUGCCAAUCAUGGUGAUCGUAUUGAUCUACCAUCUGGUAGUAUUCUUGAAAAUAAAAUUGUUUCUGGAAAUUUGAGAAUUCUUAGUCAUUGAUUCAAUCAUCGGGAGGUAUAUUCAAUAAUUGAUAUUAUUAUGAAUUAUUUAAAAGAAAUUGACUCGAAAUUUUUUUUCUUUUAACAUGCAGAAUUUCAGAUUGAUGCAAUGGUUAUUUAAUUAUAAAUAUAUAUUUUUUUUUUCUUUUGUUUGAAUUUAUAUAUUGUAAGUUUGAAUAAAAUUUAUGAAAAAAAUUUAUAC